AUCUGCGUUUUCUAAUGACCAUCUCCAGUCCUGUGCUGCCCUGUGUGCCAUGAAGAAGUUCCUUGUUGUUCCUAUCUUAAAACUUUCUUUUGAUCCCUGCAAAAUUACAUGAUAACAGAACAGGCUACAAAAGAAGAGGAAGAGCUUAUUGCAGAGGAAGAGCUUAUUGCAGAGGAAGAGGAAGAACUUACUCCAGAGGAAAAGAGAAAACUGGAAAGAAAAUUAAAAAAAGAGCGCAAGAAGAAGGAGAAACAGCUGAUGAGGGAAGCUGGAAUCUCCAUUAAAAAGGUGGAGCCCAAAAAGCCAUCGGGAUGUGAGCGGGCUCUGGCCUAUUUAACCAGCUGGUCUAAAACCCCAGAAGAAUGGAAGUUUCAAAAGACAAGACAGACGUGGCUUCUCCUGCACAUGUAUGAUAAAGAGAAGGUUCCAGACAAGUAUUUCACCAUUUUACUGGAUUAUCUGCAAGGGCUUCAGGGCAAUGCACGAGACAAAACUGUGCAGAAAGCUGAAGCUUUUAUGAAGGAAUUUGAUGGCUCUGAUGUAGAAGACCCAAACCUGCUGGAGAAGUGUGAGCGCAUCAGACAAGUUCUACAACUGCUGUCCUGAGAGCAUUUCUGUGUCAUAAUUGUUGUCUGGUGGAGGGAAGGAGAGGAUUUCACAUACAGAGGCUGUAAAGGAUUUGUAAAGAUAAUACUAAAUUUUUUACUCGUAAUUUUUUCCAAUUGAAAAUAUUUAUUGUGUUUGCAGGUGAUGAAAUAAAAAAUAACAUAUACAGCCCAUAGUCUUGCUAUAAUCUUACUGCACUCCUUUAGAAAAACAAACCUCUCUCCCUCUCAUUAGUUUUUCUCCAUCUCCCCCUC